AUGCCGAACAUCAACUACUCCAGUGAUGAUGCUCUGGCGCAUUUGCUUGCUUUUCUUCUACCGGAGCACCACGGCUCCCGUCGAGUCACUCGCCGUGACGACCCCUCGGCCAUCGCUUCUGGGCCCGCAGAAACAGCGUCAUCAUCGUCGGCGGCUUCAGCUGUGGCGCUGUCGUCUUCUUCCUCUUCGUCAGCGUUGGAGGCCGAUUUGAGCCGGAUCCUCGUGCAGGAGUUGGGUCCCCAGCAGGGUGGUCACAGAAAACGAGUCGUCCAUCACGCUUGGCAUCCGUGGACGGCGGGACUGUUGGCCACUGCCGGCUAUGACAGACAGGCAAGCUGA